AUGUCCAACUGCUGCGGCUGCAUCCGUCGCUGCAACGCGGACACUUAUCAGCCGCUGAGCUCGCAAAUCUCCCGUGGCAGCGUCAAGCUCUCCAAGGAUGCCAGAGAAGCUCUCAGAAGCCCGAGGAAUCAGCGACGAAAGCUCAGCGUUCGGUACGACGCCGUCAGGCCCGCCGGAUCAGCAAGCGAUCAGUCAACGCCGCAUCGCCAGCUGCCCGGUAGUGUGCGGGGUUCCCUGAGCUACUCCCACAGCCAUCGGCAUAACCACUUCCACAGACAUGAUCCAACGCUACCGCCGGCUUACUGCGCUCCACCUCCGCCGGUGUCCUCUAGUUACCCCACAGUGCAGCGUGGCUGCGCCCUGCAUUCGAGGCUCGACCAGCCGGUGACCAGCUCGACGUCCGGAAUGGACAGCAAAAAGGUUGUCCAGGCGGCGCCCCUACCCGUACCUGUCCAGGUGCGUAGCAAGAACGAUGGCUCGGGGGUGGCGGCGUCGGUGUCGGGGGUACGCAGACGAAGCGGCUCGCAGGGUUUGCGAUCGCCGGCCGCGAAGAGGCCACUCUCCGCCCCCGUGGCCCUUCAGGGUUGGCUACACAAACAGGGCUCCGAGGGUCUCAUGCUGUGGAAGAAACGGUGGUUCGUCCUCUCCGAGUACUGCCUCUUUUAUUACAAAGGUCCGGAAGAGGAGAAAUUGCUGGGCUCGAUAUUGCUACCGUCGUACAGGGUCACUGUCUGCAAGCCCGAGGACAAGGUCAACAGAAAGUUCGCGUUCAAAGCCGAGCACGCUAACAUGAGGACCUACCACUUCGCGGCGGACAGUCGCGAAAGUAUGAAUCAGUGGGUGAACGCGUUGACCCUGGCGACCCUUCUUCAGGAUCCCAGCCCCGGAGUCGGCGAGGCGGCGGUGGUGAUCGAGAUAGAAGGCCAGCAGGACGGCGAGCGUAGCGCGAGACCCAGCGUCUCGUCGAUCUCCUCGAUCCUGAAUCAAAGCGCGGACGACAGCGACUCCGGAUUCCACGGUUUCCAAUCGCGGGACGAUCCCAGUCACGCCUCCAACAACAACUCGAGCCCGAACAGCGUGAACACCGCCUCGUUCCCGAAUCUCAGCGGCAGCAACGGCAACACCAACACCGGCAACGGGUCCAACAGCAACAACAACAGCAACGGCAACAACAACGCCGGGAACGCGACCACGAACAACGUGAACGAGGUCCAGCCGAUGGUGAACGGUUGGAUCCAGCAACAGUCGCAGUACGGUCAGCCCAGCACGUCCCAGCAUCAGCAACAGCAACAACAAUACGGCCAGCUGAUGCCCUCGCCCCAGCAACUGCAGCAGAACUACGCCCGCCAGCACCAGGCGUUGCUGCACCAGCUACUGCCCCCCCAGAACGCCGUGCAGAGCCAUCAGGCCCAUCAGCACAAGCAACAGCAACAGUCCCAGCCGCAUCCAACCGCCAGCAACGUCCAAACGGUACAACCAAUGCCCAGGAAAUUUGGACAACCGAUCUACGCGAACGCGCCGCCCAAACCAAGGAGGCUGACAGACGGAUCGACGGAGUAUUCCACCCCCUCGCCGGACCCCGAUUACAGGAAAUCUCCGGUCUCGCCGGACGUUACGGUGACCAGCAAGAGUCCCAUGUCGGACUACGACAGGAGCAGCGUGAUCUACGGAACCAGGAUGAGCCAGCCGUCCCAGCAGAGUCUCAGGACCGACAAAUCGGGCCUGAAUUACGGCUACGGUCAGGUGCAGACCGAGAGACGCACGCCGGAUACUUAUGGACGCAGCGCGACGAAACCUCGGUCUGGCAGAGGGAACGGGGACUACGAGGAGGUGUACGGCGUGCCACAGCUCUACCAGAGGCCCGCUGGGCCCGUUGGAUACUCGAAGGGGGCCUCGCCCGCCCCCAUUCCGAUACCCCUUUACGCGCAACAGUACCAGCAACACCAACAGCAGGUCCACUCUCCGGUCGCGUCCAUUAACGUGCCGAUAAUGAGGCAGCCCAGGGCACAGCCACCGCCGCGGCCCCACAGUGCGGACUUCUUGGAGUACGAAGCGGCCAGGAGACCCCAACAGCAAGUGCAACAGCAAUGCAAGGAAGCGUUGAACCAACAGAGGCGUCCACAGAGACCUAAAUCCAGCCUAGACAUAGUCACUCCAUCGGACGCUGCGAACGAUGGAUAUUUCUAUUCGGAAGAAAGAUACGCGGCACAGAUGCGGCAAUCCGCAGUUUAUCUCCACCAGACGCCACAGCAUCACCAACAACAAAGGAACCAAUCACUUUCGCGGGCGACAAUGCCGUCGAAGGUAACGGGAAUCCGCGACAGAGGCGACGAAAGUAGAAUAGCAACGUUGCCGGAGGCUUCGUGCUCCGGGCUGAGACGAGGACAACGCGAACACGUCCAUCAGCAGCACGUGGUGUCCCAUCAAUCGCUUCAUAGGCAUACCGAGAUGAACAGCAGCGAGGCGAAGCUGAGGAGGUCCUUGCGGGAGAAGAGCUACGAGACGAGCAGCCGUGAAAUGUUGACUCAUAUGGAGGACGGGACGGUUCCGCGAAGAAUUCCACGGGACUACGAGUCGUCGAUGGGGUGGGGCAGGCCGGCGAGUCACUCCAGCCAAGGGGCCCAUCUGGCCCAACCGUGUCACGCUCCUCACGUCGGCGCCAGACGAUGGAACGACCAGCAACAGUUCUGCAGGUCUGCGUCCGCGCGACUCCCGAGGACGAGGCAUCCGGCGGCCCUGGACCCCGACGACGACGAUUACGGCGAACGAUCAUCCGAGCAGGACUCCAGAGAUGGUGAACGCAAAAUCCAGCAGCGGGAGGAGUCGAUGAAGCGGCUGCUGGAAUGGAAGCAGCGGAUGCUGCAGUCGCCGCUAACCCGGAAGCCAUCCGGCUCGGCAAACAGAGGCAGAGCGCAGAACGAGCUGUCUAGCUAUUACAAGCAACAGGCGCUUCUGGAGCUGGCUGCCCACGAAGCGUCCGUGGCAGAGGGUCGGCACUCGAGGAGAAGAGAGGACGUCGGUCAUCGUCCGCACACGCGUAGCAAGAGCACCGACGGACGAAGGACGGUCGCCAACGUUUCGCGAUACAACAGCUACUCCAGCGACGACGAAGAGCUGGGAGAUGUCCGGAGGAAGCGUACGCGCAGACCCUCGCAUGCAGGAAGGAGCCCCCGGCAGACCGGAGACACUCGAAUACCGGUCCAAGACGCCGUCACCGGAACCGGCCGCCAGAAUCAGAACGCACCACGAACCUCGACCGACCGCAAAACGAGCCCCAACGCUUCGUUGCCGCCCAAUAUGGGUGGAAUACCCCCCGACGCCGGCUACGAGGAGGUCAGCUUCCCCUCGACGAUGAGGCUUGAUCGUUCCUCGCCGUACCCGCCCGCGGAACAGAGGUCUGUCGCCAGGAACGAUCAGGACCUCGACGAGAACAAGUUUAAGAAGAAACCGUCAGGAAUCUUGAAGUCCUCCGGAGUCUAUGGCGGCGACCAACCCGUCGACAACUCGUCCGUCGAGUACGCGGACACCUGGCCGUCCCAGAAGAACGUCCAGUGGAUCGGGACGAGGGACGAUUGGGACUCCAACAUCGACGAGAGCAAAGUGAUCAGAGAGUUCUCGUACCAGUACAUCAAGCCCAAAGAGGAAUCCGAGAGGAACGAGGACAGACCGGAAACCAUGAAUCUGGUGCAGUGCAGGAUCAGAUCGUUCGAGCAGAGCAUGGACGGGUCCAGUCCCGUGAAGGAGGUGCUCGCCAUGCAGGAACCCUUGAAGGUGUCGCCCCUCCAGGCGACCGAGGCUCACGUCUCGAGGCUGGACUCGUCGAAGAAGGCGUCGUCGGUGAUCCGUAGCUUCGCUCUGGGCGAGCCCGAGUCCCAGUACAGGGACGCGAAGAACGGCCACGCGAAGCAAGCGUCCACGGACAGCAACAAGUCGGUGAAGGAUCUGCUGGCCGAUUUCGAGAGGAAGUCCCAGCAGAUCCAGAGGCAGGAGUACGGUAGACGUCAAGAAGUGAAGCAUCGCGGGGUGUUCAGCGACUCGGAGGCCCUGCUCUACGAUACCGGGAGCGACCUGGAUAGGAACGAGGAUGUCAGGAUAGAUCAGCUCCUCCCCGAGCCGGUCGACAACGACAAGGUCUACGUCGACACGGUGAAGAAGAAGACCGACGUUUCCUUCAGACGGAAGAAGAGAUCGUCGUCGAGGGACCGUGUCGCGCCUACGGAGGACCUGGACAUCGCGUCGAACCCCGGUUGCACCAGAUUGAGCGUCACGGAGUCUCUGUUGACCCACGGUGACCAGUUCUCCGGAGAAAGCGGAACGACUAGUCCCACCGUGAAGCACGAGGACAUCAAUCCCGAGGAACAUUAUCUGCCCAUGUCGCCCAGGAAAGCUAUACUAGACCCUAACUGCGACGAUCGGCCAGAUCCAAGGAUGAUGGAGAGCUUGUUCGCGAACCUGGAGCACGAGGAGAGCUCGUACGUGGAGAUGGCGCAAAACGGUAUGACUCAUUCGCUACUAGCGCCAAACGGGGAGACCAGGAAACACGAUUCCGGCGACUACUCGACCCUGGACACCCCCCACUACGAGUUCGUUUGCGUCUCGGACAGCAAAAUGGAGCCGGUGUACAUGGAGGUGAGCCAGCUGUCGGAGAAAGAAGAGGACAAGAAGAGGACGUCUCGCAACGAUUCCGUACACUCGAGGACAGACCUGCCGGACAUCCUGACGGCCCUGAAAUCCGACAGCUCGGACGCGGACGACGAGUCCUCCAAGGAUCUCGACUCGAUCGACGCUCCGCGACACCCCAGGUUCAGUUUAUCCGACACUUUUCGACCCGCCUCCUACUAUUUAGGCGCCAGUCGAACAAUGAUCGCCGAGCUCCACGAUUCCUCCGACAGUGAGCUAGUAUCACCGCCGCCGAUUCCCACCUCUCCACCGCCGCUGGACGAUCUGGACUCGCUGGACAUGCAGGAGUCGCUGGAGAUCAAGAAAGUGUCGCCCCAGGUGGCCGUGACGAAGGACAACGGCUCGAGCAGGGACUCGCCGAAAUCGUGGAACAAACCGAUGGGUCAGGUCGAGACUCACAGACCCCCGUCCAGGUUCUCGGACGCCACGAUCAGCUCCACGUUCAGGGACAGCCGGAUGUCCCUGGAGAGCGCGUCUGGAAGCGAUUCCGUCGAGCUGAGAACGCCGGAGGAGGAGGCGAGGCACAGACAAUUGAAAACGAGACCCGUUAGCGAGGUCUGCGAGGUCCUGGACAGCUUGGACGAAUUGGAAUCCCUUGGAAGUCGUUUCGACGGGGCCAGCAUCGACCUGGAUCAGUACCUGGAGGAACUGCAGGCCCGCGACGCCUUCAACGUGGACCUGUACGCGAAGGAUCUCAGCUACAACAGCAUAUACGGCUUCAACGAGAACAUGAUGGUGGUGGACAAGCUCCAGAAGACCACCUGCCAGAACCUGUCGCGGCAUACGAACCUGGGUUUAAGGAACCUCGGUGCCGUGAACAAGAUGGGCUCGGCCAGCAGUCUGCCUUCCAUGAGGGUUUGCGACAUUCCUCCCUCUCAUCAACACUCGCAGUCCUUCACUGGCGACGCCCACUACGAAAACGUUAUCAGCUUCUCUCCGUUGAGGAGCUCGCCAGCCGUUCGAUCGGACAACGAGCAGACCCGGGACGGAGGUCACAGGCUUCGAAGGACCUCUCAGAACAAUCUGAUGACGUCCUCCCACAGCAGGGAGUCUAGCUACUCCAUUUCUACUUCGAUGGCCUGUCAGAGGCCUGCCAGCGCGCAGUCCUCGAUGCACUCGCCCACCGGUUCCAUCUCCCUGGGGAGCCACGGAAACAGCUUGGUCGCGAACAUCAUGCGGAACGCGAGUCCGUACUCCGAUCAGCGGUUCCAGAGCCACUCGAGAUCGGCCAGCCAGGAUUCCGCCCGGUACUCGAUGAUAUCGAACCACAGGUCGUCGUCCAGCCAAGACUCCAGCCACUAUCCGACCUCGACGUCGACCGUGAAAGCCACCCCGGUGCCUCAGUCCUAUUUACCGAACGAGUCGCGAUCCCAGAGCGAGCAGUCGGGUGCACCGUACUAUUACUCCGACCUGCAAGCCAGCGCCAACGCCAUGGACACCGAAUCGGCCAAACCGAUCGGUCACACCUCCAGGCUACCUCAGCUGAACAACCAGAGGGACGACGCGUCAGCGUUGAACAAGAGGAACGACAUAGGGCGCAUAAUAAACCCCAUCGCCAGACAAAUGCCCAGGCAGAUCCAGGUGGAGGACAUCGACGAAGCCAGACGCAUAGCCGCGGAGCUCAGGAAGACCACUUGCCAGCUGCUGGGCGACAACAAGGUGGACCUGGUGGACAAGAAGAACUUCUACGAGGCGGACACCCUCAGGCGGGUCAAGUCCACGGACCCACUGCCUGAUAUUUCAUCCGCGGAGAUCAGCACCAGGAACCUCUAUCCUCACGGUCUCCGGGACAAGUCUAGCGGCCAGUCGAGUCUACGGGAGGCGUUCGAGCUGAUGCACAUGGCGCAGACAUCUCACCGGAGGUCAAGAUCGUUGGAGGGUCUCUUGGACGACGUGGGUCUCCAGAACCUGAUGGAGCAGAGGAACCGUAGCAACCGCGUGGCGACCGUUCAGCCAACGCAAACCGAGGAGGCGCCGCAAAACGUCAGCAACGUAUCGACGUCCGGCAACUUCAGCGCGGAGGAUCCCUGGGAGCAGGACUCAUUGUGGCGGGAGAGUCUGCGGAGAGUCAGUCUGAGGAACGCCAGGUCCCUGGACAACCUGGACAGUCCGCCCAGGCCGACGGGCUCGUCGAGCUCGGACGCCAAGGGUCGCAACAAGGUGACCCGCGGCGCCAUCUACGUGAACGACAGCGUGAUCAUGAGGCGGGAGAACUGUCUGGAGGACGCCGCGGAGAGGCCACGAGUGAAACGCAGACCCAACAAGGACCAGGUUGACGACCUGACCUACGAGAGCCUCUCGAUGGACCGUAUACACGCGGGCGGUUACGUAUGGGACGCGGAGAACGAGGCGUACAGGAAAGCAACCGCCGAGGACACGAAUCAUUUUUUAGAGGAGGGCAACCUUCCCCCGGUUCGCCUGAUCUCGGAGACGCAGAUGUCGGGCACGACGUCCGCGGCGUUCGAGCUCGACCGCGAGAAACUACGCCAGUGGGACCUGCUGUCGAGCGCCUGCUUGCUCCAGGAACAGCAGCGGGGCUCGAUGGCGGACUCGGGGCGAGGGUUGCCAACGUCAGAACGACCUGGAGACGUUCUCGAUUCAAGGAACAGCAUGCGCGCCACGACUGGCGACGCCAUCACCGCGACCACGACCACGACCGCGAUCGCCAGCGAGCCGGACGUCGUGUUGAAGGUGCUGGCCGCGAACGUCUCGACGAGCACGAGCGCGACGACGAACGUCGCCGGGACGACCAAGAGGCAGGAACUGAACGAGACCAAGGAUGCUUCUAACCGAGCUACAGCUUCCGGGUCUGGGUCGGUGAUAGGAAGGGACCCGUUGCCGCCGAGGGCUGUCAGCACGUCGCAGCUGGCUCAAAGAACACAAACGCAACCACCGGCCACGGCGGUGUCCACCCUACCGCUGCCGAGGGCCAACGCCAUGCACAGACAACCCUUGCCGCUUCACCAGUCCACCCCUCAGUCGAUCAGACAGUCGGAGAACGACGUGAACGUCAAUUCGCAGAUACUGCGAGCUGCCAGCAGCGGCGACAUCGAGACUGGCUCAGCCAUGCUGAACAACAACGAAGGAAAAGACCCGAGGCUGACGUCUCCGAGCGGCCAUUCCACUCAACGACUGAUCAGUCCUGCAGCAGCCUUAAGGGUUGUUUCUUUGAACGACCAUCGAGUGUCCAGCCCCAGCGACAACGACAUUCGAAUUCACAGUCCAAUCGAGAGGAAAAUGGUCAGCCCGAUCGGCAGAGAGGUGGACCGCGGCGGGGGCAUGGCGGCCGCGAGGCAAAAUCACCGUGCAUGGGAGUGCAACGAGUUGCUGCAGAAGAGGAGUAACGUCGUCGUCGGUUCCCAGCGACCGGAAGCCGGGUACAAGCUGACGCCGCCAGGCGCCCACGGAUUGGUACGCGUCUCCGCUGGAGAACUCCUCGGCAGGACCCACGAGGAGCUGGUGCUCCUGUUGAUCCAGCUACGCCGGCAAAACGCCACCAUCUACAAAGCUAUGGAGACCUGUCACAUGGAAAUCGAGGCACAGGCUAGAUUGGCAGAGCUCGACACGCCGCGACGUCUGGAGAAUCUUCAGAAACUGGAGGAACUGAAGAAGCACCUGAUGGAUCUAGAAAAGCAGUACGAGAAGGGCAAACCGUUGGUGAACCUGGUGGACAACAUGGUGAAGCUUGGCUCCCUGUACAACCGCAACACUGCCAAUGGGACCAACAGCGUGUCGGGUUCGCGACACGACCUGGCGCACGACAACACCAGGGACCAUCGUCUGGAGUUCAACCAGAAGGUGCAGGAGCAACGUUUGCUGGCCGAGGAACGACGCGACUGGGACCGACUGAGUCCCGAUCACGGACAGUUGCAGGCCAAGGUGCAGCAGCUCUACAAGCUGGAUCGUCUGCUGCAGGAGGAAUCCGGAACGCUUCACAGUCUUCAGCAGGACAAGGAGCUGCUGGAGAAGGCACUGGGUGGCUUACGACACAAACUGCAGGGCAGCAGAAGCAACUUGGCGGAAGCGGAGCGGUACCGGAAGCAGCAACUGAUGCUGGAGCGCGAGCUAAGCCGAGUGAGGGUGUUGUUGGCGCACAACUCCAAGGUAAAGCCGGUAUUCUUCCAGAAACUCGAGGAGACGGUCGCGGAGAACGCGAGGCUGGAGCAAGACCUGGUGGUAUUGCGACAGAAGCUCCAGGCGUCGAGAAGGUACGCCGGGAACAUGGCGAGGGACACGUCGGCCACCACUGGCCCUCUGGAAGCGGAGUUGAGGAGGGUUCAGCAAUUGGUCGGGGACCUUCAGAGACAACGAAAGGAGCUAAGCGUUCAAGUCAGACAGUUGACGGAAAAAUCUCACAGCCUGGUGCAACAGAUUCGUCCCCAACCCCCUUCCGCUCCCCAAGUGCACCAGCCCAAGAAACGAACGCACAAUUCUUGGCUGGAAACCGACCUGGACUCCGGGAUUACUUUGGACCACGGUCUCGACUCGCCCUCGAGCCCAGCUUUGUCCUCGUCGCCCCGUGGCAAGCAAAACGGCAUCCCCUAUCCGCACUUUGCGUCGCCCGCGCAGAUCAAAGACUCGUCGCCGACCAGUCGCCACCAGAAUCAACAACCGUACGUUCAGUCGUCGCAGAACCAUAUAUCGACGCUGUCCCCGCAAUUGCGGGAGCAGAUUCAACAGCAUCAGCUCAAGCAACAGCUGUUGAAGGACCAGAUGCAAGGCAAGGGGAGCCUGAUGCAAGUGAACGUCGCCCCUUUGUACGUCAACACGGAUUCCAGGAUGCAAGAUAGCAACAAGCACGAGGAAAACAUGAUUAACGGCACCUCGAUCCCCGCGCCGGAAUACGUUCCACCGCCCCCGCCGCCCCCGUUGAACGAGGAAACAUUGCUCAAUGACAAUUACAGGCUGAACGAGGACAAUAAGUUCGCCGGCUUGAUGCACAACCGUGAGAAACAGGAGAUCAAGACCGUGCGAAUCGUGAAACGGGAAUCGGAAAGACGGCAACGCGAUCGUGGAGAUAGGACAGGAAACAUUGGAAUUCCAUUAACGAACGGGCUCCAAGCGCCUGGGGGUGCAAAGAGAUUGUGCGACGACGAUCUGGGGGGCUCUCAAAAGUUCGAGAAGGCUCAAUUAGGAAGAGUGGUAGAAGAAUCGCCGAUGAUUCACGCUCAGAGCACAGUCCAGCUGACGGAUUUGGACGACGUGCAGUUCCAAAGAAGCAUGUCCUUGCCGAGAGGCUUCGGUGGGCAGCGACAGCAGCAACCGGAGAUACACCACGGACCGGUCGUGCCUCCGCCACGAAGCGACAGCAUGCACGCCCUGAGGACCAUGCUGGCUCGUCGCAACAAAGUCAGGUUCGAAAGUCAAGACGGCAGCUCGGACAGUACGCUGUCCCCGUACACCGAGAGUCUCGGUUCGAGCUCCCACGUGCCGAUGAGCUCGCCGAACUACUCGACCAGUCCGUCUUACAGUCCGAGCCAGCAGAGUUACCCGGGCCAAACGACGAUGACCAGACCGCCGAGCCACCAUCAGCCGUAUUACGCGCAGUACAGACAUUACGAGAACCCGACGACCGGGAAGAACGAGAGUCCCGCGGACCCGGUCAGCCCCGAGCUGUCGCCAGCGACGAAACUCGAGCCCCAGGAGAGACAAUACGGCUCCACGUUGAACGUGAACGCCUCGAACUCGCCGCAAUUGUCGCCGGUGUUCAAGAGCGAGGCCGCUAAACAGAUCAUCAAGGAGAUGACGGAGAAGAAGGUCGAGGGACCCAGGCGAAGGCAGAUACCGCGCGAGAAAAGACGCCAUUAUACGGUGUCCAGUAGCAAACCCGUCCUCGACUUAGAAGACGCCUUCUCAAAGAUGGGAAUGGGCAGGGCCAGGGACGACCUGGACAUGGAGAGGGCUCUGAGGCCGAGGAUCAACGCCCCGGAUGUUGUGAGGUCCACCUUGAGCCACAAGGAACUUAAAUACAACGAGAGCACGAUCGAUCAGCUCUUGGGGACUCCGAACAAGAUCGUCAUUCCUGAGAGAUAUAUUCCCGAGCAGACACCGGAGUUAACCGCGGAGGAGCAGGAACAUCGCCUGAAGAAAGCCGACGCGAUUAGAAAGAUGCUGUCGGAGACGACCGUGACUGCGCCGGAAGGAAGCGACGACAAUAUUAACAUAGAGCAAUCAGACAAUUUGAAGAGGAAGGUGGUCGAGGAGAAGCGACAGAGAGAACACAUUCUCCAGCUGAAUCAAAUAUUGGCUAAACAAGUAAUGGAGAAGAGUAAAAUGGUAGCAGUGAAAGCAUUGGCCACCCUUCCUCUGAAAACCGAAUCGAGCUUAGACGACGAUGACCUUUCGCCCGUAACACCGUUACCGCUCUACCAGCAGAGAGAAAAUUAUUAUUCGUAAGGUGAAAAUGUCUUGGACACUGCUGCCAAAAAGAUGGUUACCUAUAAGGAAUCCUUUUAGCACAAAGAACACUACUGCCAGCCCGGAACAACAGAGAAGCAAACACCUUUACUCGAGUAACGUUUUUCGACGCUUCGCCAAACGAUUGGCACACGCUGUUACGAUUACGCUAUUGUUAAGAAAAACUGACAAGGUGUGCGUGUUUUUCUUUUUAUUUUAUUUGCGUCGAUAUUGUACAUAAUCAUCGAUUAAAUAAACUGAUAAUAAAUAGUCGUCCUUCUCGACCGUCAUCGACCAGGACUAGUAAUAAUGGGUGUCGAACAGAACUAGGUGAAUGAUUAUUAUUUAUAAGAGAAAAUAGUAAAUGUCGAAGCAACUAUUUCAGUCACGGUAUCGCGAGAAUAAAGAAACCUUUAAUUUUUUUUAUUACGUAUUCUUUAUUUUAAUCGAUUCUCGGAUUCCCCGUCUAGCGCGAAGUAGUUCUUGUUUACUAUUUUCUACUUCGAAGUUCUCUUUGACGUCGAGACAGAAUACAAGCACGUCUUUUCUUUGUACAAUAAUUUCGGAAUAUAUGUUGGAAAGAGUUGGCUCCGUCGAGAACUUUCUUUUAGAAGUAAGUAGAAUAAAAAUAACUAUGACGAGGCCUAUAAACAGUUUGUUGCGUUACUGAAUUAAUUCGAUAAGUGUCGUCGAACGAACGUUGUUUUCGACGCUAUUCUGUCUCGAUUUCUCUUUUUACUAUUCGAAGAGAAUGCUUCCACGAGUUGCUAUCGUUAGUAAUAAUGGUAAAACUAAGAUGCACAAUUGGGUCGCGGCACCGAUUCGAACGAUUACCGUUAUUUAGAAGAAAAAAAAAAAAGAAUCGAGCGCACUGAUAGAUAAUUAUUCGGAGACACGGUUUCCCGCAAAUUGAGUUUGCCUAAGCUCAAGCACACGCAAUUACGGUUCCUUUGUCGUUUUGAUCUUUGAAAUUUCGUAUUGGCCGUAUUCGGCGCGAAAUCUUUGUUACUUGUCGUUACGAUCGACUGCUGUUCGAAACAAUUCGUCGAGGAGAUAAUUUUAAAAUUUCUAUCGAACGGUAAUGAUUUAUCUUGUACAGUAUCGCUCAUAAUUAUUCGAACGAUAUAGAGUUUAAACUUCGAUCGUUUAAUUAGUUUUCUAGCGCCCUGUACAUUUACUUGAAUACUUUAAAUAGGUUCUAGAAUAUAAAUUACGAAACCGAGCUAUUCCAAACCUUUGGACCACUUUGUUAACUCGAAUCGAUAUUUGUUUGAAAGUUUAUUGUAAUGUCCCGCGUGGUUGUUACCGAAGCAGUUCGUUAAUUUCCAAUUUGGUCGUCGUUCGUGCGUACAUUAUUACUCGUUGAAGUAAUUACGAGUGAUGGUGUACGCGGGUAUCGAAAAGAAUCUGGGUAUCACUGGUCUACAACACCCGCGAGUCUAUGUAAGAGAAACGAAAAUUAGCGAUAAGGUAAAGAAGUAAGAUAGAGUUUAAGGUUGUGUUUACGAUAGGUGCUACGAGUGGCGCAACAUAGCGAAACGUUAUGAAAGAUUACUAUGGAAUUUCGAUCGCCAAUGUUGAACUGACUGAGAGACAAGAACAGUUUUGCGGCGUGAAACACUCAACGUUUACGCUCGAUCGAUUCGUCGACCAAUUGCGUUUGCUCCAAACUCCGAUAUUUCCGUGCAAUGUUAAAAACCACGACUUUUGCUUCUAAAUUAAACGACGUUAUUGCAAAGCAUGCUGCGUUAAUGUUUUACUUGUUAUAAGACUCGUACGUUCUUCUGUUAUAUGCAAUGUUGUCGUCAGUCAUUAGUUUGCCAUAAGAUGCAUAGUCUUAAGACACCAACGGACGAAACUAAAUUAAGUUGCAGUUUCCAGCCGCAAAAUUAGUUCGAGUUCGACGCCAUCGAGCGCGCGAAUUUACGCGGCUCUACCUAACACUCGCCAUCCUAUUCGACACUUUUCAUACGAACGCGUAUCGUUUCCCGUGCGCUCGAUCGAUGUCGAAUCGCCUAUUAUCUAAGAAAUACGUAACGUGUAUAUGUAUACGCUUUAGAAACGUCCUGUUAUAGCGUUCUGCAUUGGUUCUUUCGACGCGUGGCAUUUUAACGUUUCAAGCAGCGUGUUUCGUACCCUUUUCGAAGGUCGAUUCCUCCGGCCGCGUUCUUUAAAAAUUGCGACCUCGAAAGCGUAUUCAGACGAGCCCCAAGAACACUUAUACGCCCACGGAAAAUGGCAUCCACGUUGUAUUUAUCCUGAUCUGAUUCGAAUGCAACUCGAUUCUUCGAAGCUCGAGACUCGAAUAUCGUUCCUCGACAAACAGCGAAACGAAACAUAGUUUGAAACUUUUAUUGGAGGAAUCGUGAAAUACGCAGGGCGUUCUAGCUUGUUUGAAUGGUUGUUGAACGGAUUGAAAGAGCGUUCGAGGAAAAUCGAAGAGUGCCAAAUUACACCCAAACAUGUUGUCAAUUACAAUAACCGCGAAACUGGCGAGAACUAACGCGCAACCACGAAACAGUUAAACCUAAGGAUCAAUCCCCUGUCCCCUAUCCCCGUUCGUCCCGAGAACGGUAUCACGUUAAUCACGAUAAUUAAGGAUUAGACACGACGUUUCUAUUAAUCGAGAACUCUUCGGUUCGCAGGCACCGACGUUAGGAAUAAUUUUUUAUAAUACGCGAUGGAUCCUCGGCGAACCGAGUCGACGACCAUUUCUCGCGAGGACAA